UUACUGCUACACUGCUGUCUGGUGCUAGCCAGCCGCGACGCCGACUACUCGCCGGUGCGCCCCAGCGGCAAGCAAGCAGCACAAAGCGCACGCGCACGCGGCAUAAUUCCGAGCGACAGCAGGAACAUCUUAGCGCAGCGGGCACCAGCCAUGCUCCCUGCGCUCCUCGGCGGCUACCUGGCCGCCUACCCGCCGCCGCUCCUCCCACCCUCAACAGCAGCAGCCCCGAGCUCAAGCGCGCGCCUCGCUGCUGCCUUCCACGCUCGCCUCAGGCACGCGUCCCGCCUCGUCGCCCGACGGCACGCUGCGGGGGCGGGGGAGGCGGUGAGCGCGUCAGCCGCCGCGGAGGGCGACGACGAGGACGAAGCCGAGCUCCAGGACGAAGGUUUCCCGCGUUGGGAGGGCGGCGGCGGCGAGGAGGAGGACUACGACCAUGACCCCGAGAUAGGGGACAUCAUGGGGGACUACUUCGACGACCCCAAGAAGGCCCAGAACCGCAUGGAGGAGAGGAUAAGGAAGAAGCGCCACAAGAUCGUGCAGGCCAAGACCGGCUCGCCCAACACCAUGAAGGUCGUCUUCAACAAAUUUGACUUCUCCAAUUCAUAUAUAUGGUUCGAAUUCAACAAUGCUUUGUUGCCAAAAGAUGCUACCUUAAUUUCUGAUGCUCUACGUUCUUGGCAUAUAGUUGGGCGCCUUGGUGGCUGCAAUUCUAUGAAUAUGCAGCUAUCGCAGUUGCCUUUAGAUUGCAAAAGGCCGACUUAUGAUGCUCUUGAAGGAGCUAACGUCACUCCAACAUCAUUUUAUAACAUUGGUAAUCUUGAGAUUCAAGAUAAUCUAGCACGUGUAUGGGUAGACAUUGGUAUUCAUGAGCCAUUGCUUUUGGACAUCCUACUUAAUGCCUUAACGACCAUAAGUUCAGAUCAUGUUGGUAUUAAGCAAGUACAGUUUGGAGGGUUAGAGUUUGUGAACUGGAAUGAGGACUUGAAAACAGAAGAAGUUGGAUACAGUGUCCGCAAAAUCUAAAAUAUUACAAUCAUGAGAUUUGCAGAACCAGCUACUAUUUUAGCUACAGUGCAAAUACAGCAUUUGGUCCCAGAACAAAAGGCCUCAAAAGGGCUUCAGCCACCUUGAUCCUGCAAAUGAGAAGAAAAAUGGUGACAGCGCCAUGCAUGUGAAGUUGAUGCCCAAACUUAUUAACUUCCGCUUGAAAAGGGGUUGCCAUCCUUACAGGACUCUGCUAGCUGCUGAGCUGCACACAUGGGUAAUCCUUUUGGAAACAUGUAGUAUCAUAGGUUCUCAGAUGUCCAAUAUGCGGAUGGUUGGUUACUCCACGCUCUAACACUAGCUGGGUAGGAGAAAACUUGUAAAAUAAUGUUUUCUUUGUGCUAGUGAUCAUUACGAACCAUGAUUGAACAAAUGCAAGUAUGCUUGCUUAGUGUCAGUGGCAUGCUGAUGUUUUAUACCAAGUUUGGCUAGUGACCUGUUGCUUCAGUCUUUUAUUGUAGGCACAAAUUUUUUGUUGCAAAAAUUGUAAUAGCUACAUUAAUCUAAACAUGUAAAAUGGCCUGUCAAGAAUUUCCUUGCUUAUAUAAUGUCACGAUUUUUUAUACUUUA